GCAUGCGUGUGGGGACCUAGCUACCAGGCUACGAGCUUGUGACACAAACCGGUAACCUCUAUGGAGCCUGCUUGGCGACAGCAGGGCCGGGGUCGUGGCCGGGGUCAGGCUGUGGGUGAUGUGUCAUCAUGGCAACCCCAGAGGCAGGAGGGUGGAGGGAGAAUGGGGCGAGGGAGGGCUGGUUCUGCCGUCACAACAGUAUCCAAAGCAGAACUGUUACCUGGCACAGUUGCAUCCUCUCAGUCCAAAUUUGAUGAGAUCAGGAAGUCCAACCAGGCCACUGCACAGAGAUUGGCUGAGAAUCAGUACAGCUCAUCCUCUGAUGAUGAUGAUGAUGAUGAAGUGCUUGGGAAGCGAGGCCGAAUCCUGGAGUCAACUCUCACCACGUACACCAGUCAGACGGGAGGAGAUGUGUCAGACCUGGAGCGUACUCGUCAGUACCUGAAUGAGGCUUUCCAGUCUGGGGCCAUUACCUGCCUCAUCUGCAUCGCCUCUGUGAAAAGAACACAAGCGGUUUGGAGCUGUGUCGGCUGUUAUUGUAUCUUCCACAUCCCAUGUAUUCAGAAAUGGGCUAAAGACUCCAUCUUCCUUGUUUCCUCAAUAACAGAUGAGGAUUUUGGUAAAAAAGAUCACCCCUGGCCCUGUCCUAAAUGUAGAUAUCAGUAUACCCCUCAGCAGACUCCGACUCGCUAUUACUGUUACUGUGGGAAGGAGGUGGAGCCUGAUCCUGACCCUUGGCUCCUCCCACAUUCUUGUGGACAGGUGUGUGACCGAGAGUUUAAACCUCCAUGUGGACAUCGCUGCCUUCUGCUCUGCCAUCCAGGUCCAUGUCCCCCAUGUCCAAAGAUGGUGAGUGUGUCAUGUGUGUGUGGGAAAGCCGCCCCUGUCCCACGCCGUUGCAGUCAUAAAGCCUGGACAUGUGGGAAGAUUUGUGGCCGCACCUUACUCUGCAAGAUUCACAUCUGUGCGCACACCUGUCACGCAGGUGAGUGUGAGCCAUGUCCGAGAGUGAGCGUGCAGAAGUGUGUGUGUGGCAGGAAGAAGGCAGAGCGUCAGUGUGCCAGUCCCGUGUGGCACUGUGACCAGGUGUGUGGCCAGCCACUGCCAUGUGGGAACCACACGUGUGAGCGAGUGUGUCACACAGGUGUGUGUGGAGAAUGUCCUCGUGCAGAGAACCGUACCUGUCCAUGUGGCAAGAGCAAGUGUGCAUUACCAUGUACAGCUGACGUUCCUACUUGUGGUGACACCUGUGAAAAGAAACUGGACUGUGGCUUACACACCUGUACAAUGCGCUGCCAUAGAGGACCCUGUGAGACCUGCCGCCAGGAGGUGGAGAAGCAGUGUCGGUGUGGGCGCUACACCAGGCGCAUGCCCUGCCAUAAGGAGUAUCUGUGUGAGUCUAAAUGCACUCAAAUGCGCAGCUGCAACAGACACCAGUGCAAAAGGAAGUGUUGCCCAGGUAACUGUCCACCAUGUGAUCUGAAUUGUGGCAGAACGCUGGGCUGUCGGAACCACAAGUGCCCCUCUGUUUGUCAUCAAGGGAGUUGUUACCCCUGUCCUGAGGUGGUGCAGGUUAAAUGUGCAUGUGGUUCCACAUCUCUGAGUGUUCCAUGUGGACGCGAGAGGAGUACCAAACCUCCACGCUGCAGGGAGAUUUGCAGGACUCCUCCAUCAUGUCAUCACCCCUCCCGUGAGCAGCACAGGUGUCACUUCGGUGCGUGUCCUGUGUGUAAGCAGGUGUGUCAGCUGCCUUUACCUGGAUGUACACACCUGUGCCAAGCACCAUGCCAUGACCAGGUGCUGCUCAAAGCCAACAACCGGGUUCAGUUAGCAGGACCGUGGGAACAGCAGACCACUCCGGCAUUUGAGUUCAAGGCAUUACAGUGUCCUCCCUGCCAAGUGCCCAUACCCACGGCUUGUCUUGGGGAGCAUGAGGUGAGUCCAGUACUGUGUCAUGCACGUGGGCCGUUCUCAUGUGGCCGUGCAUGUGGACGAACUUUGACAUGUGGGAACCAUAGCUGCAACCUGGAGUGCCAUGCUGUGACCUUUGACCCUAAAAGGGGGAAAACCGAAGCUGGGAAGGAGUGUGAACAAUGUGAAGAGGGCUGCUCUAAGCCCCACCCCACUGGAUGCCCCCACCCAUGUGCCCUCCCCUGCCACCCUGGCGACUGCCCCCCCUGCACUCAGAUGAUCAGACAGCGAUGCCACUGCAAGAUGUCCAACCUGUACAUUGAGUGCCUGAAGCUGACCUCUGCUGAUGAUGAAGGUAGAAGACUCCUCACCUCCUGCAAGAACCAGUGCCCUAAACAGCUGAAGUGUGGGCAUCGCUGUAAGGAGCUCUGUCAUGUGGGAGAGUGUGAGGAGAACUGCAACCAGAGAGUCAAAGUCAAAUGUCCAUGCAAGAGGAUCAAAAAGGAGUUUUCGUGUUCCCACGCCAGGCAGGAGGAGAAUCUGGUGGUGUGUGACAACACCUGUAAGGACCUACAGAGGAAAUAUGCUGAGGCUCAAGAAGCAGAGGAGAGAGCAAUCAAAGAAGAGGAGCUGAAGAAGCAGCAGGCUGAGCUGGAGGCCUUUGAGAAGCGGCAGAAAGGAAGGAGGAAGAAGAACAGACGCAACACAGAAGUGGAGACCCAGGAAGGGGUGUGGCUUAAAUACAGGAAGUACCUCCUGGUGCCUGUCUGUGGGGUCCUAUUGGCUGUUGGAGCAUUUUUUCUUCUCCAAGCUAAUUAGAGCACUGGACCAGUGACCAUCACUGAGGCACCAUUUUCUUUCUCUCUCUCUCUCUUUCAUGCCCAGAUCUUCAGUUUAAUGUUGCCUGCUUUAAUACACUCAUCAUCAGGAUAACCAAGCUAUGUAUGUGCGUGUUAUACAUGUUCAUCAGUGAUAUGCCACGCCUUCCAGUAUUGCCCCCAAAAGCCACACUACUAAACCGCAAGAACAUAACUGAAAGAUGUGUAUAGCUACCUCCUGAUUGGUUGGAUGUUUUGGUGGUCUACAUAGAACGUGAAGAGAAAAUUGGAUAUGUGAUAUGUUUUUCAAUUUAUAUUAUGUAUGAGCUGAGACCUGGCUUUAUGUAUGCUAGUUCAAUUUAGCAACAGAAUGGCUGUUGGCUGUGGGAAUUAUGGGAUUGCAUUAACUGAGAAGCUGCGGAAUCAUGGCUCCCCAGAAAGUGUGUGAAGAACCCAUCCAGUCUUUCAUCAUAGUACAUCUUCAAACUUAUCUCAACAACUGUGUGUGUGUGUGUGUUGCAGUCUCAUCAAAUUUAAUUUGAAUACUUCUAAGCCCGACAUCCCUGUUGGAUAGAUUACGUUUAUAAUUAUAAAUUCAUUUAGUUGUGUGUUAGUGUUAUAAAAAGUAAUGCUGAAUCAGCAAUUUUCAGUUUCACUCUUCAGGCUGUUUAAUUUGAGGCCUGAGAUUAAAACAUAAGACAUUUAAAUGAAAAGUCCUCAAACUGGAAUAUUUUACAAUGAGUGUUUCAGCAUGUCAUGAAUAAAGUUUUGUUUAAUUAAAUGUGAAAUUUGCUUUCUUUCUUCCAAACAGUGCCAUGCUUCUGUUAUGAUAAUUAGCACACUAACACUGGUUUCCUGACUCACUGAGAUUUUUUGCACUGAUGUAACGCACAGGAGACAAUCCAGCGCUAAACCAGUGUGAGACGCAUAUGGCUGUUUCCGCCGAACUCAGCAACUGCAGCUGUGAGGAAGAGAGUGGUCAAGCUUUAAGAAAAGGUUACAUCUUUUCACCUUUUGUGUUAACCUUUACAAAUGAAUCUGUUUUUCUGACCAAUAGGGGGUGUGUCCAGCUGUAAAUCCAGUUCUACAUUUUUGUUGAGAUGAUUCCUUGUCACACUGUACAAAAUCCUGUAGAAUAAACUGUUGUGAAUGCUGUAACAGACUGUGAUAGCGUGUCUCCAUGUCAGAUUUAUACAAUGAAGAUUUCCCUUAUGAUAGAGCUGUGAUCAAAGAGGAACUGCACACUUGUCUUUUGAGCUGUAAAUGAAAUUUGACUGUACUGUGAUGAAAUAAAUCAAUG